AAAAGAGCCUCCAACCGUACCCGGUGAUAAUAUCCUAUCUACAACGUCUGACUAAAAUUCUCAAACCACCUCGAUUUUCUGAGAUGCUCCCAAUCUAGACGUGCUAAGCCAGCUGAUCCUCGUGCAUAAUAAUGCAGAUGGGACGUCAACUACAUGUAAUAUCGAUGUUGCCACUUUGAGCUUCAUGGUGCUUGACACUAUUCUCGGCGCCUUUAAGGAUGGAGCAUGUAUCAACUCUUUGUGCAAUCAGCACUGUUGGUAUUGCAGCAACUGGCUUUGCUCUCGGUCGCGUAGAUCGAAAUUCACCCAAGCCGGCGCGCUUCCGAAAAAAGACCUUCCCUCUGCAUGAUCAGCGCGCGCGCGCGACAGACCCUCGAUCACCGCUAGACGACAUACAGGCAGGCCCUUCCACCCCAUUCACGGCAGCAGAAAGCAAAUGUACCGCGCAGUUCAAGACUUUCCAUGCGAGUGGGGGCGAUUCUAACGCUGGGAACCACUCCCAGUGUCCAAACCACAGGAGAAAAUCAUCCCUUGCAGGGAUUAUACUGCGGCGUCGUGGUCAGACUCUAUCAAACCCUCCACUGCGAGUCGAGGAAGACUCAACGGCUUUGCAUACCCGAAGACCGUCAUCCUCUUGGGUGCGGCGGCUGUCAUUUCAGCCAGGAAACCGGAGCUCAUGCCAAAGUCCUACCUCUCCGACGUCGAACGGACCCACAAGCCCUACUCAUUCGCGCCCCUCCAGCCAGCGCCGAGUACCCAACAAACUCGUCAAGCGGCCUCCAUCACAACCUUCAAGCGCUCAUUUUCAAUUCGCACACGCGCCUUCGCCCCCUUCAAUUACAUUAUUUCGUAGACCAGCCACAAGUCAUCAACGAUCCGAACACCUGAGACACAAAGCAACACAUAGUUUAAACUUCGAACCCAGUCUUCUUACGAACACACCAUUGCUUCCUACUAACAGAGAAUCUUCUGUGGUUGAUAUAGCUUGGGAUCCCUAUUUAACUGCUACCUACGAUGGGAUACCGGACAGGCUGGCACGCAGGCUGUCAACUGCAACCAAGCCAAAAGAGCAUGGGCUGCGGCUAAUUCUCCCGUCUACGGAUACUAUACCAGCUCUUCUCCUAGCAAAUUCAAUCACAAACAAGGAGAUUUCGGUAGGGGUUAGUUCGCUGGAGACCGCACCUACCUCUCCAGUGCAGUUCCGUGAUCCGUUCAAGCCAAGUGAUACUUCACGAGAGUUAGACACAUCCCUUGCACUAGAGGAAAAUCAUCGUCAGCCAUCGAUACAAGUUUCAAAUGACUCCAAGUCAGCAAUACCAGCUCCAGACAAUGCCAAUGUCUACAAACCCCUCAGUACUGCACUUGCCCGUCCUAAAAUGAGAGCAAUCUCAGCGCCUCUUCCUACUUUUGCAAAAUCGGAAGGAGCUAUUCUGCUGUCGCCACGAUCGCGUGCAAGGCGCAACAUUACAGACCCGAACAUCUUCCGCCGGCCCCCAAUUGUCUCGCGGGCGGAUGGAUUUACAGUGCCUGGGUUCAUGGGUUCCGGCUCCAAAAAGGCCGCCUCAUCCUCUCGCAUUGAUAUUGGUUAUUUGCGAGAGACCGGACAACGCCCACUUACUUCAGACGGUGUGGCCUUGUCCGUCUUGCAAGGCCCAAUCCGUCAGCGACCUAAGCGACAUUCAAUUGCCGCAUCCGACCCUGCCUCAACUGUUAUUGGCUCUGAUGAUACUCGUAUUUUCACUUCAGGUGAGGAGGACGAGACCGAUUUCUUGAGCGACACCGCUUUCGAUUCGAUCCGCACACAUAUGACCACUAGCAGCAAUUCAGGUCUGCGUGCUCGUCGGGUGGAGACCAUUUUUGAUAGAGAUCUACCCUUCAGCAAUGCGGGCGAAGGAUCCUUACAUGUCAAGCAACUCGCCUCGCAUUACACUUUUUCUUCUCAGCCGUUUGACGACAGCCACAAUCGUUCCAACCUGAUGCUAACACCCGUCCUUGACUCUCUCCCUGACCCUCAAGAAAAGUUUAUACAUGACGAGGAGAGUAGAAUAUCAUUCCCAUCCGAUUUAACAGAUGAUGAAGACACCCACAGCCUAGUAGCUGCGUUACCUGGGGAAAUAGUCAAGCUGGACGAACGAUCGAAAUAUCCGAGAAUGUCUUUGAAUAAUUACGAGAGGAAUUAUGCUGGUCGUGAUAUCUUGUUCGCUCAUGGCAGGUCAGAUAUUCCUCUCGAUUUAACUAAGUCCAAUUCGCGCAGCGUUACCAAUGAGAUGCUUGAAAUGUGCCCCCGGAUGAAUAUUUUCGACUGGUCUGAACAACCCAAAAAUGACCGCGAAGUUUCUGGGACCGACGGACGCCCCCGCACGGUCCACGGAAAACAUGGGCCUGAGCUUCGAGGUAGUCGAGCUCCGGGCCGCAAAGCACCAAAUACUUUACAUCUUCGGAGCCAAAGCGUCCCGGUAUCGAGAGACUAUCCAGCUACCAACGAGACACGACAAACAUCAGGCAAGUUUGGCACUUGGGGGUUGGGCAGCAAGGGUGUUAGUGAAGACUGGGAUAGCGAUUUCGACUUUGAGGACGCGGACGAAAGUACAAUCAGCGAGAGCAUGCGGACGAGCAAGAACGUUGCCCGGCGCAGCAUGAUAGUUCCCCAGGCUAUCAUGGAACGUCAAGCCAGUCUCCAUGGACAGUUUGGACAAGUCCAAGAGCUGACCCUGUUAGUUGAAGAGCUCAAACGCCUUCGCCACCAAGCUAGUUUCUUGGAUAUUGUGCGUGGACCAUCUAAUGAGCUGUGGAAAGAAGCAGAGGGUAUUGUCAACUUGGCUACCCUUGAUGAUGAAGAACAUAGUCAUUCCCCCCCGGGCUCCCCGUCCUCUCUCACCUUCAGUUUCAAUGAUUCUGAAGAAGAAUCAGCCAACACGAACGAUCCCUUUAAACGAGCCAGUGAAGAGUCAUCGAGAGCUUCAUUCUCAGAGCCACCAAGUCCAAACCAAACCACUGCGGAUUCUGAUCACACGGAACUCCCUGCCAAGGCAAAUUCUGUGCUAGAUUUGAUCUACCAGCAACGAACAUCUCGCGAUUCAUCCUUCAUGAAUCGUCAAUCCCCGAGAUCAAAAAAACUCCCCUUCGAUACACAAUCCCUUCGCGACCUCGUUAUCCGAGCCGGCGUUGUAACCCGUGCUCUCAAGGAAGUGAUUCGCAGAGCAGAGGGGGUCGCAUCUGAGCCCAAUGAGAACAUGCAUCAUUCGGUCCCUCCGUUCAGCCGGAUAUUCGACCAAUCUUCCAAUGAUGAUGUUUCUAUUUUUAGGACGCACUGCAUUGCUUAACAUGCAUACAUCGAGUUUCCUGCGUAUCAUAAUGUACCUACCUUAAGCUUCGCCAUGACAUCACUUUGUUUCGAUUUAUAAAAGUUUCAAGUCUUUGGGCAUACGAUUAACAUGCAAGAGAACACCUAAUGCAGUGUCAACUCUAACAAUUCCUUUCUGAAUAACCCCUUUCUUCCCCCUCCCCAUCUUUUUUCUUUUUUUUUUCUAUUC